GACCGAGCUAUGCAGGAGGAGGAGGAGCCGAUCAAGGUGCACCGACAGAACACUUUCCAGUUCAGUUGGAAAGAAAAAAAUGCUGAGCCAAGAGAGCGUCCUGUCGGUUCUUCAAUCAGCGGGGGGCCGCGUGAAGAAGUCUGAGCUGGUGUCUCUCUUUAAAGACUUUGUGGACUGCGACGAUCCGGCCGAGAAGACCCGGAACAGAGAAGUCUUUAAGGCUUUUAUCAACAACGUGGCCUACGUGAAGGAGAGCGAGGGUGUCCGGUAUGUGGUGCUCAGGAAGUCGUACCGCGAAGGUUUGCCGGAGGACCGGGAGGACCCAGAGGGCAAAAAGGAGGGUCCACAAGGUGAGGACAAGACAACUGGACUGCUGUCUCCUAUUGAGCUUGCGUUGCAGAAAAGCAAAGAAGAUUCACAUCUUAAAGAGCAGAAGAGGCUUGGUUCCACGGUCAAACCCUUCGCUUUGCCUCUGAGGAUGCCUCCCCCAGACGUAAGAGUGGACCCCCCUGAAGACCCCUUAAGAACCAAAAGGAGACCAUUGUCAGAGGAGCUAAAAGACAACAGAAUCUUGUCUUCGGUUCCUCUAGAUCAGGACGAGCACAACUGGCUGGUCAAGUGCGCCUCGGGUCACUGGAGUCAGGUCUACGGUCUCCUGUUGAGGGACCGCCAGCUUGUCCACAAGCGGGACUUUGUGUCGGGCUUCACCGCCCUGCACUGGGCUGCCAAGCACGGCAACAGCGAGAUGCUGGAGAAGCUGGUGGACGUGGGCGUGGACGUGGACGCCCGGACGCGCAGCGGCUACACGGCCUUGCACGUGGCCGGCUUGCACAAGCGGGACUUCAUUCUGGUCACGCUGGUGGAGAAAUACGGCGCCGACGUGCGGAUACGGGACAACGCCGGCAAGAGGGCGUACCACUAUCUGCACCACGACGCCUCGGAGGCCAUCAGGGAGAUGUUAGGGGCACCUAGAGUCCAGCAGGCGGACCACGACAAGGACGAACCGUUCCAGGACUCGUCCAAGGGCCACCAUUCCAUAAGAAGCCUCUUCCAUCCCCACGUGAGGACGAACAGGAGGGGCCACAAGUCCAGGCUCUCGUUCUUCUCGCUGAACGACGAUACGGCCGGCGAUGAACGGGAGGACAAGGCUGUCAGCCACAAGGUUCUAUUGGACGUUUUCGAGUGACGACCCACAAGGGAUGCUUUCUGUUUUUUGUUUUUUUUGCUUUAUUGAUCGAGCCUUCUGAAUGUUUUGAACUCCUGCUUCCGUUCUACGGUUCCUGUUAUAGCUAAGAAACCACAGUUCGACUGAUUUAACAGCACCUCUGCUGGUUACUGCCAAGUACUGCACUACAUUCAGCAUGUAUGAGUAAUUUCUUCACAACGUAAAAGUAUCGACGUAUCACUUGUGAUACAGUAUCGAAACAUCGAUAUUUUAGGUGAAGUAUCCAAACACUUGAAAGGAAUUCCUAUGAUGUCAUAAUAGGUCAAUACUUCAUUUGUCUCAAAGGCUAAGUAAACAUGAAAAAAGUAUCAUUGUUAACAAUAUAUUUUUUUCCGCUUACCAUUGAUAUCUUGGGUGGACUAUCCAUCUGAAUGUUUUGGACUCUUGUUUCCAUGCUAAGCUUCUAAUCAGUAGAAAAAAAUGUAACUCGUUGUGUUCCGGCUAUAUAGUUUGACUGACUCAACAGCAUCUUUGCUGGUUACUGACAUGUACUGCACUACAUUCACUAUUUAUGAGUAAUUUCUUCACAACGUAAAAGCAUCGACGUAUCACUUGGGAUACUGUAUCGAUACAUCAAUAUUUUUUUAAUGAAGUAUCCAAACAUUCGAAAGGAAUUCCUAUGAUGUCAUAAUAAGUCAAUACUUCAUUUGUCUCAAAGGCUAAGUAAACAUGAGAGGAGUAUCAUUGGUAACAAUAUAUUUUUUUCCGCUUACUAUUGAUAUGUUGAGUGGAAUAUCCAUCUGAAUGUUUUGGACUCCUGUUUCCAUGCUAAGCUUCUAAUCAGUAGAAAAAAAAUGUAACUAGUUGUGUCACGGCUAUAUAGCGCGACUGACUCAACAGCGCCUCUGCUGGUUACUGCUAAGUACUGGACUACAUUUAGCAGUAGUCACAUAAUUUGUCACAAUUCCUCAUUGUUGGUUUUUUUUUUGCUUUAUGAUUGAUUCUAUGAGUUAUGAAUUUCUUCAUAACAUAGUGAAUAGUGCUGAAUGUGCAAAAACAAUAUUGACGUAGGUCUUGUGAGACAGUAUCGAUAACACUAAAUGGCAAUAUUUUUUAAUGAAGAGUCCAAACAAUCAAAAUGCCACAAUGAGUCAAUACUUAAAUAUGCAUCACAGGUGGCGCUACAUAGAUGGAAUAAAGGCUCUGUUAGCUAGCGCCCGGUUCGUAGUGUGCGUAAAGCCCUAAAGUGCGGAUAACAUCCAUCCAUCCAUCCAUUUCUACCGCUUACAUGAGUUAUUUUAUUAAUUUGACAUCAUCUGAUCAAAGGCUUUCAAAAGCGUCAAAAAUGACAAAAAUACAUGAUGUGUAAUAUUUUUGACCCUGAUGAGGAUAAGUGGUGUAAAAAAUGGAUGGAUGUCCCCAGUGCGGGUGUGUGUGUGUUCUUGUAUUUUAACCCUUCUUGAGACAUCAACAAGGAAAAGUACCUUCCAUAUGAGGAAAUUAUGGUCCUAAUAUGGAAAACCAUUGUAUCUAAUAGAGAAUUUCUCAUUUGCACCCUAGUGGGGAAAUCUAUAAAAAUUAGGGUGGUCCCAAAAAGGAGGGAUUUUUAAAACGGACUGUGUUGGUUUUAAAAGCGCUCCCCCUCUGGUCAACAUAUGAAAUAACAAGUGUGUGUAAAAAAUUUAAGUGCCCCCCUCUGGCCAACAUAUGUAAUAACAAGUGUGUGUACGAAAUUGAAAUGCGGCCCCUUUGGCGAAAAUUAAAAAAUGACAUAUAUAUGUAUAUAGAGACAUACUUGAAGAAAAUCCACCCAUCCAUCCAUUUUCUAUCGCUUAUUCCCUUUUUUUUGGGGGGGGGUCGCUGGAGGCGCUGGCGCCUAUCUCAGCUACAACCGGGCGGAAGACGGGGUACAUCCAGGACAAGUCGCCACCUCAUCGCAGGGCCAACACAGAUAGACAGACAACAUUCACACUCACAUUCACACACUAGGGCCAAUUUAGUGUUGCCAAUCAACCUAUCCCCAGGUGCAUGUCUUUGGAAGUGGGAGGAAGCCGGAGUACCCGGAGGGAACCCACGCAGUCACGGGGAGAACAUGCAAACUCCGCACAGAAAGAUCCCGAGUCUGGGAUUGAACCCAGGACUGCAGGACCUUCGUAUUGUGAGGCAGACGCACUAACCCCUCUGCCACCCUGAAGCCCAACUUAAAGAAAAUAAUAAAGAUUAAUUAAUUAAUUAAAAGUUAUACCAAAUACUAUAAAAAUGGAACUCAUCACCUCGCUGCUUGGCACUCAGCAUCAAGGGUUGGAAUUGGGGGUUGAAUCACCAAAUGAUUCCCGAGAGCGGCCUCCGCUGCUACUCACUGCUCCCCUAUGGGGAUGGGUCAAAUGCAGAGGAUAAUUUCACCAUCCCGUGUGUGUGUGACAAUCAUUGGCACUUUAACGUUAAAAAACAAUUACAAACAAAAAAAUUCAACAAAAAAUAAAUAACUGAAAGCUUACCUUUUUUUAUAUUUGCAUAGUUUGUAUAUAUAAAUAAAUUUUGGAAAUACAAAUCUCUUAUAUAUCUGGAAAGGGUGGUCCGAAAGAGGUAGGCAUUGUUCAGAGGUUUCAAGAAGGUAACAAAUACAAGAACGCGUAUGUGUGUACUGAUGGUGUUUUGUCAGUUGAGCUUGUCAAAAACAUGUCAACGUCUGCUAUGAAUCAACAUAUUCAGGAUAGUGACUAUGCCGCCCCUCCCCGCCAGUGUGUGUGUGUCUGUGUGUGUGUGUUUGUGUGCAUAUAUUGCCUGAGGUGUUGUAUAAUUCGCAUGACAAACACACACUCUGUUAGACGUCAAGACAAUGGCUCAUCUUCAAGCCUUGGGCAUAUUUAUUCUGCACAAAGAUAUCAUUUAAAGAUGCAAUUAGGCAGAUUUUUGUUUUAGUCCACUGGUCAUUAAUUUAAUUUUUGUGAGAGGUGAGUUUACUGUAAUUAAUGUUGAGCCUUUUAAAUCGAUAACAUUCAACUACUUUUGAAUAUUAUUUCAUUUUCGAUUAAUGAUCGAUAUCUAAAAUAAAUAGUACAUUUUUUUAAUUAAAGUAUCACAAUAUUUGUAACAUUAGAUAAGAUUCAUUUUAUAUAUUUUUAUUUUAUUUUUAUAUAUUUUUGCAAUAUUAUGAAAUGUUUUAGUUUUUUUGGUAUUGACCUUUUUAUUCAAUUUAUUGUUUUUGAAUAAAUAUUAACGACCCAAAACAAAACACAAAUUGAAUGUUAUGAAACUUAAACAUGUUAAAUACUAAUUUGAUAAUAUUUAAUUAAUUACAAAACGAUUUGAUAGGACAAAGCAUUAUAAACAACUCCAAAUAUUUGUAUUUUAUUUUUUAACAAUGAUAAAAAGAAAAACAACAAAUAAAACAUAUUCCAAACAGUAUGUUUCAAUAUCAAUGUAUGAAAAUAUAAAAUUGUUAAUAUUAAAAAGGAAAACAACAAUUAUAUUCAGCUAGUCAAGCUAAGCUAAGCUAAACUAAGCUAAGCUAACUAUGCUAGUUCCGGUACAUUCCUUUCGACAAUAAAUGUCCUUUAAAGAUAAUAACUGUGAGCUACAGCAGUUAUAAAGGUAGUAAAAUGUUAAACUAAUCUGCAAGCUAACAGGACACCAAAGGUGAAAUAUGAGAGGAGGUUCAACAUUUGUCGUCUGGGACAAGACAGAAAUGUCCAAGGUCUUACAUUUGUCAACCUUGAUGUUGUUUGCUGUAAAUGCUUCAUAACAUUACUGAUAUUGUUAAAAAUGUUCUAAAAAGUAUUUCAAAAAAAACUGCUGAGCUCAUAAUGAUCAAGCAAAUAAUAAUAAUUCUAUAAUUGCUAAAACACGUUUAUUUUUUUUAGGAUAAAAAAAAACUUUUUUAGUAAUUAUUUCAAUUGUUUUAAUUGUGCAUCAAAGCUUUGAUGAUAAAUAUAUGUUUUAAACGAAAAGAGGUUAAAAACAAACAAACGUGUGCCUCAUUCAGAAUUGUUGAGUUUCUAACAAUAUUUUAUUUUCAAAUGUAAAUCAAACUAUAUCAACUAAUAAUACUAUUUUCAUGUAUGGACAUUAUCCAUCCAUCCAUUCAUUUUGUCCCAUUCGGGGUCGCUGGAGCCUAUGCUGCAUUCGGACGGAAGGCAGAGUACACCCUGGACAAGUCGCCAUCUCAUCGCAGGGGCUUCACAGAUAGACAGACAACAUUCACACUCACAUUCACACACUUGGCCAAUUUAGUGUUGCCAGUCAACCUAUCCCCAGGUGCAUGUCUUUGGAGGUGAGAGGAAGCCGAGUACCAGGAGGGAACCCACGCUUUCACGGG